UGAUGAACAUUCCUGCAUGUUGUUCUUCCUGCAAAGUCUCAAGUGUGUUGCUUCAGACAGAGAGCAGCUCUUUCAUAGAUUUUCUUUUUGUCUCUGGAGCAUUUCGUUAUGGCAGCGUGCAGUGAACAAUGACAUGCUCUGACAAAUACAGAUGCCAAAAAGCCAAACAGAAACCGUGGCCUUCUUUUCUUUCUACUGCAACACAGUGAAAUGGUGCUCUUACAGUUUUGUUAUUGACUCUUACUGGAAAAAACAAACUUCUGACUGGACCUUUUUUUCCCCAAACCUCUCCCAGUGUUGCUAUGGAUGCUUGACACAGUGACACCAUGUAGUAGGCCCUGAAUUGUUGUCAUAACUAAGUUGCAAUGGUUUUAUAUACUUCCCCAUUUCCCAACAGCUUUCUGUCAGUUCUGCAUUCCUUUUCCUGGGGCCUAAUUUUCCCAUGUUACUGGUUUGCAGAUAGGCUUGUGGCCUCUUUUGUUCCAACUACCUAUGAAAAGCGUCAAAGAGCAGACGAUCCAUGCUAUUUCCAUGCACUCUGCAUCAUUAUCACCACUCCCAUCUACCUGGCGCUGCUGGUGGCCUCUCUUCCUUUUGCUCUGAUAGGCUUCUUGUUAUGGUCCCCUCUCCAGUCAGCCAGAAGGCCAUAUAUCUACUCCAGACUAAAAGACAAGAGCCAUGCCAAUGGAGCCGCGCUGCUCAGUGAGUGGAAGGCUGCAGGGAAUGGGAAAAGCUUUUGCUUUGGCAGUGCCAACGUUUGCCUGCUGCCAGAUUCUCUGGCAAGAUUUAAUAAUGUUUUCAACACACAGGCUAGGGCUAAAGAGAUUGGCCGAAGGAUCCGAAAUGGGGCAAGCAGACCACAGAUCAAAAUAUAUAUAGAUUCUCCUACCAACACAUCCAUAAGUGCAGCGAGUUUCAGCAGCUUGGUGUCCCCCCAGGGUGGAGAUAGCACUAAUCGUACUGUUAACGCUGGCAUGAAAAGGACAACAUCAAUGGAGUACAAAGGAGACAAUUCUGGCUCCAACAACAGUGAGGAUGGUAGAGAUGAUAAAGCUGGAUCUGGAGAGCCAAAUGAAGGAGAGGAAAAUACUUGCAUUGUCCGCAUAAACGGAGAGGAUAACGGCCACAUGUCAGACAUAGAAACAGACAUUGUCAAUGGUCAGGCUAAUGCCAGCGGCACGGCAGAACACUCGCUGGAAGGCGACACAGAGAUCUCAAAAACGCCUAACCACAAACAGAAGGAUGGAGAUUCCGGCAGUUUAGACAGCUACUCUGCCUCAAGAGAGUCACUGGUUAAGGUUCGUGUUGGAGAUGGGACAGUGGACCAAAGCACUGUUAACAACAAGCUCCUCUAUAAAGCUUCAAUCAUGAAGAAGACUUCAGUACGGAAAAAGAAACAUAUGGAUGAGACCUUUGAUCAUGAGAUCUCUGCUUUCUUCCCUGCCAACUUGGACUUUCUGUGUUUGCAGGAAGUGUUUGACAAAAGAGCUGCAGAGAAAUUGAAAGAGCAGCUUCAUCACUAUUUUGAAUACAUUGUCUAUGAUGUUGGGGUCUACGGUUGCCAUGCCUGCUGUAGCUUUAAGUUUGUGAACAGUGGUCUACUUUUUGCCAGCCGCUAUCCUGUUAUGGAUGCUGCCUAUCACUGUUAUCCCAAUGGAAGAGGAACGGACUCCUUGGCUUCCAAGGGAGCCUUGUUUCUCAAGGUGCAAGUGGGAAGUACACCUCAGGACCAAAGAAUUGUGGGAUACAUUUCCUGCACUCACUUGCAAGCUAUUGCAGGAGACACUACUGUUCGAUGUGAGCAACUGGAUAUGCUUCAAGAUUGGCUGUCUGAAUUCAGAAAAUCUACCUCCUCCUCCAGCACAGCCAAUCCAGAGGAGCUGGUGGCUUUUGAUGUAAUUUGCGGAGAUCUCAACUUCGAUAACUGCUCCUCCGAGGACAAGCUGGAGCAACAGCAUUCUCUGUUUACACACUACAAAGACCCAUGUCGAAUUGGUCCCGGGGAGGAUAAACCAUGGGCAAUAGGUACCUUGCUGGAUCCUGAAGGAUUGUAUGAUGAAGAAGUGUUCACUCCAGACAACCUGCAGAAGGUGCUGGAAAGUGAAGAAGGAAGGAAAGGAUACUUAGUCUAUCCCACCAGCAAGAACCAUGGUUCCAGUCAAAAGGGGAGGAAGGCAUCAUUGAAAGGAAACGGCAGGAGGAUUGACUACAUGCUUUAUACAGAAGAAGGUCUCUACCUGGAAUGGAAAGUGGAAGUAGAAGAGUUCAGCUUUAUUACCCAGCUAGCAGGCUUGACAGAUCACCUACCAGUAGCAAUGCGUCUCAUGGUGUCUACAGGAGAAGACGACCCUUAAAACUUACCAGCUUGGAGAGAUUAGAAGAAGGAAAUGUUAAUGAUAUUAAGAAAAUAUCACAAGAUUGGACUGAACUAUUCUGGUGCCACGUUAGGAAAAAUGACCAGACCUGACCCAGGCUACUCCCCAGAACGUACCAACAGUGGAGUAUAAAAAAAGGGAAGAAAUUGAAGGCUGUGGCCAAAAGCCACUGUCACAAGUUGCUCAGGCAACAGGGCAGGCCUGUACUAAGAUGUUUUCACUGUGGACUGAAUGGAACUAAGAUGGAAGUCCUAACUCCUUCUGAACCAGUGCCAUUCUUACUAAAACAUGUUUUUAUACUAAUAUAUAGCACAAUUUAGUUUGUAAUUAGUCUGUGAGUUAGUGCUGCUCAAUGGUUUUUUGCUCAAUUUCUUUGUAUAACUAAGAAGCUAAAGCUUUUUUUCUUUUCUUUAGCCUGUUGAAGUUGUAGUAGCGUGCUUGCAUCAGUAGCAUGCGCCCGCACUGCAUGCCACUCUGAGAUAAAAUAGUAAGAUACCAUGGGGAAUAUCAGAAUGGAAGUUAAUUCAAAAAUCAGAUACCAGCCAAAGCAAGGCAUUCUGGGACUGGCAAACCCUUCCAUCAUUACAGAAAGAUAUUAAAGCAAACAAAGGAAAACUCUGUUCAAUUUGCAAACCAAUAUUCUCCUCUCCCUUUUAAGAUAUUUGUAACAAAAAGUAGAAUUGAGACAUUCGACAUUUUAUCACCCUUCUUCCAGCUGUGUUGCCACUGGAACUGUUAAGUGUUUUGUCUGAAUAAUGACUCCAGAAUUGGGCCUUUGCUUUUCUAACUCCAAGUCAUUCCCUUAAGAAGAAACAAGGUUCCCCUGUAAUGUUUUUUCUUUCUUACCCACAAAUGGGGCAGUUCUGAAUUAUGGUAUGGGAUGAUGUAUGUAUUACAGUAGAGCGAAUAGAUUCCUAUAGUACCAUUGGGAAGACCAGAGCCAACAUUCUGCCUUAGCUAAGAAGAGUAAAUGGGAAACAGCUUGUAAAAUGCAUGUUAGAUAUAGAGUUAACAUAAAUGACAUUCUGGGGGAAAGUAUAGAACAGUGUAUAACCAGUAAGGCAGGACUGACUUCAUUCUCCAAAGGAAUCAGUACACUUGAAGAGAAAGCACAGCACGGGUAGCUGCAGAGUAGCUAGAGAACAGAACCGUGACUCAGCGUUCAGUAAUGACUGCCUUUGAGCUGAGCCUAGAUGCAUGUCUGUGAGACACAGUUCAUUUGUUAUGCACUCACAGACUUUCAAUAGAGAUUUUACAAUAAAAUUCCUAUGUCCUCCCACUGCAGCUCUUUAAAUGUGGGACUGCCCCCAGUUUGCCAUCUUAUCCCAAUGACCUGACCUACUCAGACUCUGUAACUUUAAUUUAUAAAAAAAAAAAAAGGAAAAAAAAAAAAGCUGAGAGAGUCAGGUCCACAGCUAGACUUCUUAGUAUUUCCAGGGAUUUCAAUUCAAAAGGGUUUGUGUUGCUAGAAGAAUGAAACCCCUUGUGUUUUAAUCAGAAGAAACUAAGUAUUGGUUAAUUCCUCUCCAGUAUUAGAGGUCUUACCUCUAUGCUGCAAGUUCCCCAUGUUGAGAAAAAUUAGUGUAAUACUCCAUUAAAUGGACUCUUCUUUUAGUUAUACUGGCCACAAACUCUUGAUGAUCUUGUUAUGGUUUAGUGUAUACCUGCUAGGAAUCAGCUUGAACUAAAUCAAAAGAAAUUAGACUUAAAUUAGAAAUCCUAGUCUGCAGAGCCUCUUGUACUGGCUUAAUUAACUACAGUAAACAACUGAACUUAUAUUUAGAUCAGCCCGAUUUUGCAAGUUGCAAACUCUUCAUAGUCACGAAAGUACUGCUCACACAGUAUUGGCUCAUUCCCAGGAGGUGGCAGGCCCCCUGCUCACACUCUCCCAGAGCCCCUAAUAUUGACGUGUUCUAUGCCUCAUUCCCAGUCCUGGCUUCCCUUCAGCAGAGACUGCCUCUUGCAAGUGUACUGUGCCAAACCCUGCGGUACUCUGCAAAGUGUAACCCAUGGGGACUCAAAAAUGGAUCCAGACUCAAUUCCCCCUUUUGAUAAAAUUAGGAAUUCGAGUUUACAGCAUCAGAUUUUAGUGUACUGCCCCAGUGCACCACCAGUUUCCCACUUUGUAUGUUUCUCUUUAUACAGAGGGUGCACGUAAGUGCAAUGUGUUUUUCUGGUUUCUUAUCUUUCCAUCCAAUUCAGAAAGACUUGUACCUGAAACAAUGCUUUUAAUCCUAUUUUCUACCUUGCUUGUAUUUUAUUAGCCUUUUUAAAAAAGAAAAAAAAA